UAUAUAUACAGCUACUCUCAGUCUCUACCUACAUAAUCAUCACUCAUAUCAAAACAUUUAAAAAUGGCAAAUUUAAUACUAUCCCUCUCUCUUGUAGUAAUAACUUGGAGCUCUCUUGCCUUAGCCCAUGAACCUUCUCCUCUUCAAGAUUUUUGCGUCGCAGACUUCAACGCUGCUGCAGUGAGAGUUAAUGGGUUUGCCUGCCUAGACCCUAAGCAAGUGACCCCUGAUCACUUCCUUUUUAGAGGGCUUAACAUACCUGGAAACACCUCAAAUCCCCUCGGCUCCUUCAUAAACCGCCCAACCGUGCUCGAAAUUCCGGGCCUCAACACCCUCGGCAUCUCCACCGUGCGAGUCGACUACCGUCCUGGAGGAGUGGUUCCGCCCCACCGCCACCCUCGAGCUUCCGAGAUAUUGACGGUGCUGGAGGGCACUGUGCUCGUGGGCUUCGUCACGUCCGACCCGGAGAACAGGCUGAUUUCCAAAGUCCUUCAAAAGGGAGACGUGUUUGUUUUCCCCUUGGGGCUUGUUCACUUUCAGCAAAACGUUGGGCAAGGGAAUGCCGUCACAAUCGCAUUUUUAAGCAGCCAGAAUCCUGGUGUUAUCGCCAUCGCUAAUGCGGUUUUCGGUUCGGAUCCGGCAAUAAACGCUGAUGUAUUGGCCAAGGCGUUCCAGGUUGAUAAGUCGAUUAUCAAUAAGCUGCAAGCUGCGCACAAUUAGUUUGAUAUUUUAUGUCUUAUUUAAUUCUUUUAUUAUUGAUUACAAGAAGAUACAGAUGUGUAAAUUGUAGCAGCAUGAGAAGAAACAAAUGUUGCUCCAACCACUCCUCUGUAAAACCAAAAUAUAUGUAAUGUCUGCUCUUUAGUUUGUUGUUCGUUGAAAAGUGUCUGUCUUUAAUAAUUAGGCAUGCGGGAUUAUCACUUAAUUUUCAAAUCUAUUAAUUUGAUUUAUAUACAGG